ACGUAGCCCUUUAAGGACCGCCUCUGACGCACGUUGCUCGAACCGCGGGAAAAAGCAACUCCGCCGAAACUUUCUGGCUGUUAUUAGAUUGUGCGCGAAACAUGUCCAAGAAGAAAGGUUUGAGCCUGGAGGAGAAACGCACUCGGAUGCUGGAGAUUUUCUUUGAGACUAAAGAUGUGUUUCAGCUGAAGGACAUAGAGAAGAUUGCCCCAAAGACGAAAGGGAUCACACCCAUGUCAGUGAAGGAGGUGCUUCAGAGCCUAGUUGAUGACAACCUGGUGGACUCAGAGAGGGUGGGCACAUCCAACUACUACUGGGCCUUUCCCAGCAAGGCACUCCACACUCGGAAACGAAAGCUGGCAGAGCUGGAGAAGCAGCUUUCUGAGGGGAAGCAACGGAAGGGUGCUCUGCAGCAGGCUGUUGAAAAGGCAGAAGUGGGCCGCGAAGACACAGAGGAACGGGCCAACCUGGAGAAAGAGCUGCUGUCCCUUAGAGAGGAGCGUACUCGACUGCGGGCUGAGCUGGAGGCGUACCGGGAGUGUGACCCGGAGGUGGUGGAAGAGAUCCGGAAAAGCAACGUGACUGCUAAGGACGCCGUGAGUAGGUGGACGGAUAAUGUUUUUGCCAUCAAGUCUUGGGCCAAAAGAAAGUUUGGCUUUGAAGAAAACCGCUUGGAUAAAGCUUUUGGAAUACCAGAGGACUUUGACUACUUGGACUGACAAGGUCGUCUGCUACGUGUGGGCCCCCCACAACCACUGUAAACGUAAAUAUGUUGUAAAUGCAAGUGCAUUUAAUAUUUUUAUUUCUGUUAUGGUUUUGCGCUAAGGGGAGGUUCUCUUCAGGCAGGUGGCAGUUUUAUAUUAUGUGUAACUAGAGCUGUUGCUAUGCUAACCUUUGACUCCUCAAGGGCUUUUUUUUCCCCCCUCACACGCACAUGCAAGCAGGCUGACUUUCAAGACACCUGUUUGCAUGAAAACCGAGAGGCCGUUGCCGUGCUCCUGUGGCGUUGAAAACAUAAGCCAAGACGAAUGCAGCACUAGCACGUUGAUUUAAUUUUCACAGUUUUGUCAAAGGUUCUUGUAUUAACCAUUUCAGCUGAUGGAUUAUUAUGAGUUAUUCUAGAGGGAAUAGUUUUUCAUGUUUGUUUUUUGUGAACACAGUGGAAAAAAUGUAAAUCAAGCCACGCUUUCUUCUGAGGUUUAAUUUUCAUACAAAGUGAUGGGCAGUCAGUUGCAGUUGGCCACCCUCACCCGUAAAGUACACUGAAAUUCUUGGAAUGUUGCUGUAAUCGUUAGUGUUGAGUUGAACAUUGUCUAAUACUCCUUGGACACGAGCAAUACCUGCUGCAGGGCUAAAUAUUAGUUUUUAUAUGGGCAACCUAUUUUUAUGGGCAGCUGUUCAAGUAUGAUGAAUAAAGCAAGGAUUGUCAUGACAAAGCCCUUUCCCCUCUGCUGAAUUUAUUAAGCUCUUGUGCAAUGUUUUGCAGAAGCUCUUCUUAACUGAUUUCAUGUGCCUCAAAUUGCCAAUUUGCUGGAGGGAGUCCAGACCUCCUGGUGAAUACGGUGUGUUCAAUUUCUGCUGGCACUGGAACACUGCAAAACAUUUUUUCAUAAACAAAGGACCAAUGCAUGAGUCAUCCUCACUGUGUUGUGUGGUGUGUAUAUAUUCAAACUCACUGAGCUUGCAGUAGUGUGUUACCAGGUUGUGUGUUUGUGCUUUUGAUUGUGGUGUUUAAAUAAAAACAGCGAGAGUGAUUUUCAUUAGAAAAGAAAAAGUCUUGCAUCUGAAAGCCAACUGUUUUGGAAUCAAGAUUACACUGGGUUUAGGCCCAGGUCUUGUAUUCUUUCAUGUUCCUUGUAUAGUUGGAAUUCAUAAACUUUAUACACCCUUAGUCAAUGUUUUCAGUAUUGUGUUUUCCUUUGCCAUUUUCCUUAACCAUUUGUUCUCUGUAGGUUUGCGGCGGUCUGGCGAUUUUCCUGGACGCGCGUCCGCGCGCACGCACGCAUGCAGGCAUUUUUGAGUCACACAUCUACUGAAAUAUGUCUGCAAACUGUGGGAGGAAUCCCAUACAAACACAGGGCGAACGUGCAGGAUACACAGACUGAGCUGCAUUCAAAGCCAUGUCUAAAUGCACAGGCCAGGAGCUGUGAGGCACUAUGUAAAUUAAAUAGGUGUAUUUCAUAGUGAGGUGAUAUUGUUACUGUCAGAUGCUAAUUAAAUUUAUUAAUGUGACAAAGUGUUAGAACUGUGAUUCAUGGUCGGCACAUGUGAAAUUCCCCUUCCAUCAGUAACGUAAAAAGAAUUGCUAAGGCCAAAAUGAAAGGCCUGCAAGACCCUGCAUACUAUUACUGUACUGGUGGAAAAAUCUGCUGUCAUUCAAAUUUCUUCUGUACUGAGUUUUUCUAAAAUUGUCAUUCUUGUAUUGCAGACAUAACAAAGCUGAGCAUUCUAGGAAUCUGCAAAUCCAUGCAUUCAUACAUUUAUACACACAAAAAUGGACCCCUCUUUUGAAGCAUUUCCUUUUGUAUUUUUGAGUCACUAGCAGUUGGCUCUAAUAUAUUUUUUACACUUUGAAUAACCUCGGUUUCAAUUUUUAGAUGUUCGGGAGAAAAGCGACUGUCUUCUGUGCUCACUUUCAAAAUGCUAGUCUGUUUAUACACCUGAAAAGAUGACACAUCAUCUGUUUGGGCUUAUAUGUAAUAAGGCUGGGGUUUGGUUGCCAAAAACCUUCAUGUACCUUUGAUUUCAGCACCGAAAAUCCGUGAGAGUCCAUGUACUCAUUUGUUAGGUUGUCUUUUUAUUACCUUUUUUUAUACCCUAGUCCUGUGGUGCCUGAUUGAGGAACACUGCACACUGAACAGGAGGAUGUGAAAAUUUUUUUUUUUUUUCAGUCAUUUUAAAGUCAUCUUAAUGUUGGUUCAUGUCAAUCAAAUGUAAAUUGACAUUCCAUCCACAUUGUAUCCUGUUUUAUGCCUGUUUCCAGGACAGAGGAACACUGAAACCCUGUAUGAGCUGUUGAUGGAAAUAGAAUGAAUAAAAAAAGUCUUAGUGAAUUUUCAAUUAAUUUUGUCUGUUGUUUUUAAUAGAACUGAUUGUGAUGUAUUUGCACUUUUGAACAGUUCUGUGUUAUGGAAAAACUUCC